CAAUGUCAAAAUCAGCUGUUUGUAUUUGUGUUCUGCGGAAGUACACAUUUCCUGUAAAACUUACAUAUUUUUAACCAUUUUAUUGCAGUCCAACCAAUAUCACUUAAUAUAAUGGCUUCUCGCUUUAGUGGUGCGUUACAGUUGACUGACCUUGACGAUUUCAUAACACCUUCGCAAGAGUGUAUAAAACCUGUAAAGGUCGAGAAAUCAAAAACCAAAACUGGUGCAAAGAUAAAGAUAGGAGAAGAUGGGUACUUUGAUGUGUCCAGCGGAAGGGAAGAGAAGCUUAAGAAGGUUGAGAUCACUUUGGCAGACUGCCUGGCUUGCAGCGGAUGUAUCACGUCUGCUGAAAGUGUGCUGGUCACCAAGCAGAGCCAGGAGGAACUGUUGAGAGUAUUCUCAGAGAGAAAAUAUACAGACAAUAAGGGAGAAACCAAGGAUGUGAGCCUGAUAGUGAUAUCUCUGUCACCACAGCCGACACUAUCAAUUGCAGCUCGGUAUAAGCUGUCCCCUGAGGAAGCCACUCACAAGUUAGCAGGCUACUUCAAGAGCUUGGGCGCAGACUUGGUGCUGGAUAUGACAAUAGCUGAAGACCUUGCUCUGCUGGAGGCCCAGCAGGAGUUCCUGCAGCGCUACCAGAACCAGCAGACAGACCCCACUGCUAAGAACCUGCCUAUGCUGGCUAGCUCUUGUCCAGGUUGGGUAUGCUAUGCAGAGAAGACUCAUGGCAACUACAUCCUCCCAUACAUUUCCACCAGCAAAUCCCCACAACAGGUCAUGGGUUCUCUGGUCAAACAAUACCUCUCCAAGUGCAAGGAGGUGACUCCCGCGGAGGUGUACCAUGUGACCUUCAUGCCGUGUUACGACAAGAAGUUAGAAGCGUCGCGAGAAGACUUCUAUUCAGAGAUGCAGAACUGUCACGAUGUUGACUGUGUUAUUACUGCAAUCGAACUGGAACAAAUGCUAGACCUAAGCGGCAAGGUCCUGAAUGACGUCACGGGUGUCGAGUUGGACUGGCCGUGGGGACAGGGUGACGCGCCCCCCGCGGUACGGCGGCACAUUGGCACGGGGUCGGGCGGGUAUGCCGACCAUGUGUUCCUGUAUGCCGCCCAACAGCUAUUCGGGGAGACUGAUGCCAAGCUUGUUUAUAGGAAUUUAAGGAACCCUGACUUCCGCGAGGUGACGCUCGAGAAGGACGGUAAGGAGGUGCUGCGGUUCGCGGUGGCUAAUGGCUUCCGCAACAUACAGAACUUGGUGCAGAAGCUCAAGCGCGGCAAGUCGCCCUACCACUACGUCGAAGUCAUGGCCUGCCCUUCAGGAUGCCUAAACGGCGGCGCGCAAGUUCGCCCCGUCACCGGCGAGAGUGGACGUGAGCUCGUCGCGCAGUUAGAAGCGAUGUACUCUACCCUCCCCCUCGCGACGCCGGCAGACAACCGCCUGGUUCGGCGGCUGUAUGCCGACUGGCUUGACGGCAGGGAUUCUGAUAAGGCGAGGGCGGUGCUACAUACUGCCUACCACGCAAUUGACAAGUCAGAUAUAGCCCUUAAUAUUAAAUGGUAGUAUUCCAUUAUAUGCGUGAUAUUUUGAUGCUAGAAGUAGGCGAAUUGUCUUGAAGUUUCCUUGAAGAAUCCUGGUUUUGGUGGUGCAGCCAGUUGCAUUUAAUGUGUGUAGGUGAGUGUGGCACUUAGCACAGUUUCAGACCAGGAUGCUACUCACUUAUAUUCCAAAUCUCUUAUAAGACGAGCGUAUGUGCGCGAGACAUCAUUGGUUUCGAGUAUAUGCAAGUAUACGCUUGUUGGGUUUUUCUGUGCCCAUAUUCUAGCAUACGUGCUGAAAAAUGCGCAAGUCAGAGAAUAGCCCUUACAUUUUUUCUUUGUUAUAAUACUACUACGACUAACAAUAUUUACCUAAUAUCUAUUCUAAAAACUGCCUCAACUUUGAAUGCAAUUGGCUGUUGACAUUUUAAAUAAAUUUGAAUUUGUUUAUUUGUGUAUAGGUUUGUGUAUAUGUAUCAAUAGUUGAUGUAUUUUUAAAUAAGGAGCUAAUGUAAGUAAGGAUAAUAUGUUGUGAUUUCUUUAAGCACCCUUUACGUGAAAAUGUUUUAUUUUUUCAAAAAAAAUAGUUCUAUUUUGUAAUAGAACCUUACUUAUAAAGCAAUUCAUUUUUAUGUAAUCUUACUUACAGAAUCAAAGUCCAGUGUAAAUAUUUUGCAAAAGCUAAAUGUGUUGUUGAGUAUUUAUUAAUCAAUUUACUUAUAAACAUACUAGUAUAUUUUGUUUUGUCUUAUUUAUAAGAAAAGUGAUAUUGUAUGAUUCCUUGGAAAACAAUAACUUGUAAAUAUCACGUAGUAAGUAUGUAACGUUAUUGUAAGAACAAUAUAAGAGCUGUUUGAAA